AUGUAUAAAUUAUUGUGUAAAAGAUUAAUUUAUCAGAAUCAGUAUACGUUACCUUUCACACGUACUUGUAUACAACAAUGUCAAACACAAGCAGAAAAAAAGAUAGAGAAAAGCAGAGUAUCCAAUAUUAGAAAGUAUUGGUUCGAUAAAUAUAUAGAUUAUGUUAAAAAUUAUGAACACAUAAUGGAAAAGAAUUUUCCACAGACCAUGCAGGUAUAUCGUGUGUUCACUAUUGGCACUAGAGAAUUAAUUAAAGAAGUAAAAAGAUCUAUCUCAAUAGUGAAGAAGCCAAUUAAUGAUUUAACAACAGAAGAGCUGCAAAUAAGUUAUACAAUGCCAAAAGACUUAAUAAAAAUGUGUCCUGUUCUAUUAAUAUGUGCUAUCCCAUUUACAAACUAUGUCAUAUUUCCUCUGGCAUAUUAUUUUCCGAGAUAUCUUCUAACUUCUCAUUAUUGGACACCACAACAAAAACUUGAUUUUCUGCUAUUAGAUCAUAAAAAGCGAUUAAAACACAAUAGACCAUUAUUCAGAUGUAUGCAGGCGGAACUCCAUAAUAUUAAAAAUCAAACAUUAAAAGCAAAAUGGGAUGGUGUUAUCGCAUGUCUUGGUAGUGGCACACAUCCACAUAUAGAAGAUAUUAUUACCUGUUCUGAAUUAUUCAAUGGUUCACCAUAUGCAUUAGAGAAUCUUAAAAGAAGACAUAUAACAGAAUUACUCGCCAUACAUGAUAUAUCGUCUUGGGGACCUUUCAGGAAAAAAAAAUUAUUUGAUAGAGGCAUGCUAAUAAAACAAAUGGAUGAAGCUAUACAGAAAGAAGGAGGAGUUACAGAAAUGUCAAAUGAUGCAAUAUGUUGGGCACUUUCAUUUAGAGGUCUUAGCCCUGCAAAUAUGUCAAUAGAAAAUAUGAGAAAGUGGCUUGAUCAAUGGCUCAUAAUAUCAAACACUGUCAAGAAAAACACAAUUUCAUUAUUAUUACACAGUCCAAUACUAUUGGCAUAUAAUCAUCCUAAUAAUUGGAUUCUUAUAUAUAGUUGA